AUGAGUUUCCAAGUCAUAGACCUCGGGAUUGGGAGUCAAGGUGCAAAAGUUGACCCUGCUGUCGCUGCUAAGCUUCCACAUGGUGCCAAAGUAGUGUCAACCGAAAAUCAUGGCUAUAGUUUCCGGGCCACCACCGGGCGCAUUGAUGUUGAAUUGGUGGACGGGUCAGUUCAGAGAUUCUUUAUGAAAAUUCUGUUAGAGGAGAGAGGUAGAGCGAUGGUGCACGGCGAGUUUGAGUCUAUGACUGCGAUUUAUAAUCUCAUCCCUGAUUCCGUUCCGAAGCCGAUCGGCUGGGGUACAUAUGAGACAAUACCCGAUACACACUUUUUCCUAUGCGAAUUCAAGGAUAUUAAUCAAGAAUUGCCAGACGUGCGCGAAUUUAGCAAAUGUCUUGCUACGCUACACAAGAAUAGCAAAUCACCGACCGGGAAAUUUGGAUUCCACGUCCCUACCUAUAAUGGCAACCUGUCGCAGCAUACUCAGUGGUCGGACAGCUGGGAGACCUUCUUUGCGAAAUCAAUGCGACAUGCACUCGCUCAUGAAAUUUCAGCUAAGGGUCCCAGCGAGGAAAUUGACAUUCUGAGUACUGUUAUAUUUGAUAAGGUGAUCCCACGUCUGUUGCGACCACUCCAAAGUGAAGGUCGAUCUAUCAAGCCCUGUCUGAUACAUGGUGAUUUAUGGUAUGGGAAUACCGGAAAGGAUGCUACCAGAGACAAUCCUAUCAUGUUUGAUGCCUGCUCCUUCUACGCUCACAAUGAAUAUGAACUUGGGCAAUGGGCACCAGUUUGCAACCGGUUUGGUUUCGAGUAUGUUGAAGGGUAUCAUUCACAGUUCCCCAUUUCGUCUCCAGUGCAGGACUACCAAGGUCGGAUCGAUCUUUAUAAACUGCGGUUUAACAUACAUGUGUCGGCCCUCUUCCCUCAAAAUCGAGAUCUUCGGGAACAAAUGCUUAACGAUAUGAGAGACUUGAUCGCUAGAUAUAGCGAUCUAUCCCAAUAA